AUGUCUCAAUAUGGUAGUGCCGCCAACUUGAGUAGCUUCCGGGAAAGAACUGGAAGUCCAUCUUAUGCAUCUCUUGGAAAACAUAGAGACGAUUAUAAUCGUUUCGAAACUGCAAGACACGCUAUGAAUAGUCGUUCGAAUCGCUCUCAGACUAGUCAAGAAAAGGAGGAAAUCCGUUUUGGCGGGUUCGGAGAUCGUGCUGGAAGUGGAGUCGAGUUGACUGGUUUCAAUUGGUCAGGAGGAGAAGUCAUCACUUCCCCAACUCAACUUCCAAAAGCUCUCAAGCCAAGAACCAUGUUCUAUUCUCCUAUUGGAGAUGGAACUGUUGCUGCCGACGGUUAUGAACUCAAGAGACGCCCAGUCGACUUGUCCCCAAAGGUCACCGUCACCCAACUCCAACAUAUUGAACGUGGAAGCAAAGGGCAUGAUGGAGUAAACAUCAUCGAAAAGAACUGGAGCACUGGAGGAUCUGUUCCACCAAGUGAAGCCGGAUUCGGAAGCGAGUACGGACCUGGAAGUGGUAGAAACUCUCGUGCGGGAGGUGGUGCAUUCAGCCCAGAACCGUUCCCAAAACCAGCAGCAAACCUGGGAAAUGGUAAACCAGCUGCUGCUCCACCAGCGAAUGAUUUUGGAAACUACCAACCAAAGUCUGAUCCUUAUCCGGCUGUUGCUCGUCCAGUCGGUGGACUCGGUGGACUCGGUGGAGAUGGAGGCAAUCCAUUCGGUGGAUCUCAAUCUAACUUGGGACCGAAGGAUGGUCGUAACAGUGUUGCCUCGUCUGUUUUCUCCGACCCAUCUUACCGUCUUGACACCAAAACCGGAUACCUCAUCACCAAUCCACGUGAAUUGAUUCAUCAAUUCGCUACGAUGACUCCAGUGGCCACUAUUGACGAUAGCGUCAACAACACGCCAGCCACUCACACUAUCCAGAAACAGAGCUACUACAAGAGAACCGAGGAAACUACUGAAGAACAAUUUGCACCACAUGCUCCAUACAGAGCUAACCACCCAGUCGCUUCACCCAACAAAUUUGUCCGCCAACUUCGUGAUGACAACCUCACUCACAGCCAACGUGAAGCUAACACUCAUACUGAACCAGCCUAUCAAAGAGAUCCAAACUACAACCAGCGAGUCCAGGAAAUCAGAACCAAAUCUACCACUUAUUCGAGAGGUGGAGAUGACAUUGACCAACUCACUCAACAACUCGUCACUGGAAUGCAAGUUGGAAAGUCACGAUACAACUAA